AUGCAACGACGUGCCGGUCGCUCCGCCGACUUCAUAAAGACGCGUACUGGCCUGGCCACGCCCACUAACCCCACACUGACUGCCAUGUCCACCGCCGCCGUGACUGCCCUCCUACUGCUGGCAGCGCUCACCCCCGCCGCCUGGGCGGCAAACGAGUUCAUCCUCCUCCACCGCCCGUUGGUAGUCACUCGCCUCGACCCCAUCGUGGCGCCCGGGGGGCUGUCGUCGCACGCGCACGUAGUAUACGGCGGUUCCAAGUUCAGCGGGAACGUAUCUGGCAACGAGCUGGUCUCGUCGCAGUGCUCGACUGUCCCGACGCAGGCCGACAAGUCAAACUACUGGAUCCCGCAGCUCUACUUCCGCCACCCAAACGCGACGCUCAUACCGCUGCUGUCCUCGGGACUGGUGUACUACCACGUGAACGACGACGGCGGGCGGACCAAGGUCGAGCCGUUCCCGCCCGGCCUGCGCAUGCUGGUCGGGGACGCGAUGAGGCGCCAUCGCGAGCCGACACAAAAGACGGCCAGCUUCCAGUCGCGCUGCGGGCUGCACCGCGAGCAGUUCCACACGCAGCCGCUGAUUCCUGAUGCGCGGACGUACCCCGAGCGCUGCUCCAUGAUCCACUGGGACAUUGACUUUCCGUCGUGCGGCCUCGCGAGCCGCGACCUCGACUCGGACGACCAUUUCUCGCACAUGGCUUUUCCGGUCGACGGGCUCGUCGACGGCAAGUUUGGCCAAGGGUCGCGGUACAACACGCGCACGGGGAAAUACUGCCCCGACAGCCAUCCGGUGCACUACCCAACCAUCCACUUCGAGGUCGACUUCAUGGUCGACGACAGCUGGGACUGGAGCCCGCGCGACGACAUGUUCGUGCUCGCCAACGGCGACACGACGGGGUAUACCUUCCACGCGGACUUUAUCAACGGCUGGGAUCAGGAUAUCCUCGAGCGCAUGAUCAAGGAGUGUGCGGGCGACAACAACCCGACUGACAGGGGCGCCAACUGCGCCAUCAAGAACGAGCUUACGAACGACACGAUCGCGACGAACUGCGCGUUCGAGGGGCGCAUCGUGGACGAGUGGGUCGUGAGGUGGAUGAAGUUGCUGACAGCCAGGGACGUGGGGUUCUACCGCCCGCUCGACAAGCUGCCGGGGUGUAACCCGCUGUGGACGGACUCGAUGCCCGACACCAAGCCAGAGUGCAAGGCGGACAAUGAGGACCCGGCACUCGUCCACCCCAACGCCUUCUUCCUCAAGCCUGAUAUGAGUUGUGCAGGGGUGUCGCUGCUAACUGCAGAUUCCGUUCCUGCCCCUCGCGCUCGACCUGCCCUCCGACCGCGACAUGAGCAACCUGUCCGAUCUCGUGCCGUGGGGAUACGAGGGGACGGCGGAGAUCGGCGCGUGGGGCACGCGAGGCGUCAACAAGGACAGCGUUACGCAGGGAAGCAUUGA